GGACGAAUCACCUCAAUCGCGAAAUUUUCUUAGACAUAUCAGGGCCUACAAUAGUGCGUUCCAAAUGACUUCUUUUGGAGGUAAUGAAAUCCGUGAAGGACCAUAUAUGCCUACAUUUAAGGUUCAAGGACAAGUGUACCAUUUGAUCGGCUCUCUUUUGCCACCCCCUGGACUUCCGCCGUCUUACCUUCAGAUUUACUUUGUUGGGGAUGACCAAGUCCAGCUUCAAAGAAGGCAAAGUUUAUUUCAAGACCUUGAUCAUGACAUGUUGGCCGCUUUGCAAAACAUGCUUCAGAAUAAUAACGCCUACUUGCUCAGCUUCAAAACUACUUUAGAAACAUUUCCUGUAGAUUCACCUGAUUUCAAAAUUGUUAUUAGAGCCGACAGACGCCCUGCAGGGGACCACCCAGGUAGAUACAAUGAACCAACAGUCAAUGAGGUUGCUAUUUUGAUGAUUGGGGAUCCAAGUGACCAUCGAGACAUCAUUUUAAAUUCAAGAGAACAGGGUUUGAAACGAAUAUAUGAAACCCACCGAUCUUAUGAUGCCCUACAAUAUCCCCUUAUGUUUUGUAGAGGCGAAGAUGGAUAUAGUUUCAAUUUAUAUCAUGUAAACCCGGUUACUAAACAACCAACCACAAAGAAAACUAGCUCACGAGAGUUUUACGCCUAUCGCAUUAUGGUUAGAGAAGGUGAAGCAAAUCACAUUCAUAAAUUCAAACAGCUUUUGAACCAGUACUUGGUGGACAUGUACGCUAAAGUUGAGAGUGAAAGGCUGCUGUAUCUUCGUACGCACCAAAAGGAACUGAGAGCAGAGAAUUACAUACACCUUCAAGACGCUUUAAGACGAGACGACAACGUAGAAGAAAUGGGGCAAAAGAUAAUUUUACCUGCCACCUUCACUGGAGGUCCUAGAUAUAUGCAUUCUCGCACACAGGACGCCUUUUGCUAUGUUCGGAAGUUUGGUCGUCCAGAACUUUUCAUAACAAUGACAACAAAUCCAAAAUGGAUAGAAAUCACGAGUGUAAUUGGAGAAAGGCAGUCUGCUCACGACCGGUAUGAUGUGGUAUCACGAGUUUUUCAUUUGAAGCUUAACUGUAUGAUUGCUGUUCUUAUGAAAGGCCAGAUUUAUGGCUCAGUUCGCUGCUACAUGUACUCUGUUGAAUGGCAGAAACGUGGUCUUCCACACGCUCAUAUCCUGAUUUGGCUUGAAGAAUCCAUUCCUCCAAAUAGAAUAGAUCAAGUCAUUUCUGCAGAGCUUCCAAAUCCUGAAACUGAUCCUGAACUUGCAGAUAUAGUCAAGACUCACAUGCUGCACGGACCAUGCGGAGCUUUUAAUGUGCGACAGCGCAAGCUUCCCUGUAUGAAGGAUGGUCACUGUAGCAAAAGAUACCCUAGACCAUUUGUCAAUGAAACGGAAACAGGAGACAAUGGAUACCCAACAUACAGAAGGCGCUCCCCAGAUGAUGGAGGCCAUCAUGUCCUAAUCAGAGUAGGUAACGAUGAAAUCCCUAUGGACAACCGAUGGGUAGUACCUUACUCGCCUGUAUUGUCCCGAACAUUUCUAACACAUGUUAACGUUGAGUACUGUAGCAGUGUAAAAUCUAUAAAGUACAUCUGCAAGUACAUAAACAAGGGCAGUGACCAGGCCACAUUUGCAGUAAGUAAUGACACAGACGAAAUUAAAAUGUACCAAAGUGGUCGGUAUAUAUGCACAUCUGAGGCGGUAUGGAGAAUUUUAUCAUUUCCUAUACAUGAGAGGUUUCCCGCUGUGUUGCAUUUAGAGGUCCACCUUCCAAAUGAGCAAAGAGUAUAUUUCCAGCCAGGCAAUGUUCGGGAAAGAAUGGACCAAAGUACAACUCUUUUGGCCUUCUUCAAUCUCUGCCAGACGGACGCCUUUUCAAGAACCCUCCUCUACAACGAGUUGCCCUAUUAUUACACAUACUCUAAACAAAGAGGUUGGUCCAGGAGGCGGAGAGGACAACCAGUACCAGGACAUCCUGACGUGAGACAAGAUCCGUGCAUCGGUAGGGUGUACACUGUCCAUCCAAGCUGCAGUGAGCGUUACCAUCUCCGACUCCUCCUACACACUGUUCGAGGUCCAACAUCUUUUGAGGAUCUCAAGACUGUUGAUGGUGUGCUCCAUCCAAAUUUCCAAUCCGCAUGCCGUGCCCUUGGUUUACUAGAGGAUGAUGCGUGCUGGGAGGGCACUCUUGCAGAAGCUGCUGUUUCUGACAGUCCCACCAAGUUGAGGGAUCUCUUCAGUGUCUUAUUAGUAUUUUGCAAUGUGAGCAACCCUCUUGAGCUCUGGAUCAGAUUCAGAGAUUCCCUCUCAGAGGACUUUUUGAGAUCUGCACAUCAAGUCGACAUUAACACCACCUUUGAAAACAAUCCUAUCAUAUAUGACCAGUGCCUAGCAAGCAUUCAAGAGACAAUCACUCGCAUGGGAGGACUUGGGCUCGAAAGCUACAACUUACCAGUACCAGCCAUAGAUGUCAAUCAGUUAAACCAUGAUUAUAUCAGAGAGACAAGUUACGACCAUCCCGAACUCAUUAGGUUUAUUGAACAGUGUACGCCAACUCUCAACGAGGAGCAGCGCCAAGUGUAUGAGCAAGUUUUGACGAGCAUAAAUGGACAAAGAAACAAGAUGUUUUUUCUUGAUGCUCCUGGAGGUACUGGAAAGACCUACCUCAUAAAGCUGAUUCUCGCAAAGGUUAGAUCAAACAGUAAGAUUGCUCUUGCUGUGGCCUCUUCUGGCAUUGCAGCAACCCUUCUGCCAGGUGGAAGAACUGCCCAUUCCAUGUUCAAAAUCCCAAUAAAUGUAGAGCAUAUGGACAUCCCGAUUUGUUCUAUAUCGAAGAGCGCUCCCAUGGCACGAGUUCUACAAGCAGCCUCCUUAAUAGUCUGGGACGAGUGUACGAUGUCCAAUAAACUGACAAUCGAGGCCCUCGACAGAACACUCAAAGAUAUGAGGAACAGUAAUAAGAUCAUGGGUGGAGUGACGGUAUUGUUCUCUGGUGACUUCCGCCAAACUCUGCCAGUUGUAGUGAGAGGCACAAGGGCGGAUGAAAUUAACGCCUCUAUGAAAAGAUCUACCCUAUGGCCAAUAAUGAACAAACUGGCGUUAACAAAGAACAUGCGGGCCAAUAUUGGAAAUGAGGUGGAAGAAUUCUCCAAUGUUCUGUUAAAGUUGGGAGAUGGAAAGCUGGGUAACGUUGAUGGAACUAUCGAUAUACCACCUUCUCUUGGUGUUAUUGUUCAAACCCAAGAUGAACUCAUCGAGAAAGUCUAUCCAGGAAUUGAAGACCUCCCAAACAAGAGCAGUGCCUGGUUAUGCAAUAGGGCUAUUCUCACUCCAAAAAAUGAAGUUUCAACAAAGAUAAAUAAGAAAGUGAUGUCCCUAUUCCUAAGCGAGGACAAGACAUAUUUGUCGGUGAACACAGUUCUAAGAAAUGAUGACGCAGUGCACUACCCGGCAGAGUUUCUUGACUCGGUGACAGCACCUGGACUACCCGCCCACGAACUUAAUCUUAAAAUUGGUAUUCCCGUUAUGCUUCUAAGAAAUUUAAACCCUCCUAAAUUAUGCAAUGGGACUCGGCUUCGAAUUCGAAGUCUCCAGCGAAAUGUCAUAGAAGCCGAAAUUCUAACAGGCUGUGGUGCGGGAGAAGUGGUGUUUGUCCCCCGGAUCCCCCUCAUCCCAAGCAACUAUCCCUUUGAGUUUAAGCGCCUGCAAUUUCCCUUAAAUCCAUGUUUUUCCAUGACGAUCAACAAAUCGCAAGGUCAGACACUGUCAACAGCAGGGAUUGAACUAGGUGACGCGCAAUGUUUUUCACACGGACAGCUGUACGUGGCGUGCAGCCGAGUGCGAUCGCCAACCAACCUUUACAUACAUGCCCCAGGCGGUCGAACCACUAAUAUAGUAUAUGAAGAGGCAUUAAGUUAGGCAACCUUUUAAUUUUUUGUGUUUUUUGUUUUUCUUCACUAUUUAAUAUUUAUUUUCAAUGUAUGUCAUUUGUUGUUUUUGAAAUUUUGAUAUUGUAAUUUCGCUGUGACAAAUGUUAAGCGCUUCAACUCUGCUAUCUUUGCCAACUUUGUUAUUUAAAACUUUCGAAUAUUUUUUAAGAUUUAAGUUUUUUAAUGUAUUUUUAUGUACUAAAUUAUGUUAAAAUAAAUUAAUCAUUGUUAUUACAAAAAGUUUGUAACCUUAUUCUUGAAUAAACCCGU